UACCCCAAAGUCUUGGAUAUUAGGUGAGUGCAUCUAUCUCUCUCAGCCCCCUCAGUCCUGCAUCUGUGUUGCACCGUUCCGUCGUCGUGUUGUGUGGUGUCGUGCGUCUCUCUUCAGCUCCCGGACUUCCGAUAUCUUGUAUAACACACCAAUACAACACCACCACUCACUCGAUCCAUUUCCGUCCCCCCCAAGGUGCUCUACAUCACCCUCAAAAACCCACGCUUCAUCCUCGCUGUCUACAAUUCUCUGAAUCUCUUGUAGCUAAUCGACUUUCCUCUCUGCAGCUGUUUCAGUCUUUGUCUCGUUUUAUCUGUACCUGUCACCUAAUACAACCCUCCUACUUUCAAAGAGUUGUAAUCAAAUCUCCAAAAUGGCUGGCCCUCGUGUGACUGGUCCCGUCGCCAAGCUUGCUCGCUCUAUCACCACAUCCGCUCAACCCUCGACUCUAAUCACAAGCUCUAAGGCCAGCGCGCCCUUGUCGAGGAAAUAUGCAGACCUGCUUAAAGACAGGAACACAGAUCCCGAUCGUUCCCGCCACCUAUAUACCCGAUCAGCCAAUCUACCUCACCCUCAACCUCGCAAGAUGCGUCUAAUGCAGACCUUCUCGAGUACUGCUACUGCCCAGGCAACUGCCAAGAACGUCGACAACAUCGUCUUCCCUGGCUCAGCCGUUUUCGACGGCGCCAGCCAAGACCCAUUCAGCAAUCUCCGCGUCCCUCUACUUCCCGAUAACGUCAUGUUCCAGCACGCUCCCGAGUCGACAGAUGCCCCUGCCACUGUCCAUGACAUCAGCAUUGUUGCUGCCAACCCAGAUCUCGUCUCGCCAUCUGCGCUCACGGAGAUUGAGGGAAUGGGCAUGGACGGUGUCGAACUCAAGUUCAUCUACGACGCCGAGCCCGCUGAACAAGAACCCGGCAUGUUAACAGGUCUCUGGAGAGGUCUUGUCGAUGACGUUUUAAGUCAGCAGAGUAGUAAAGGCAAACUUGCUCUCUAACAUACAGCUGAUGCUACCGUUACGAACAUUUCCUAAGUCGGUUGGAAGAGCGAAUCUGAUUUUCUAGCGGAGGUUUUGCAAAGCCCCUUCAACGACGGCAGUUCAUGGGGAGCUCAGUGGUGUUUUGAGUCUGCCUCUGUCCGAAAUAUUAUUUUAAUGUGGCGUUUUGGUAUAUACUUGAAUGACGAGUCGCGAGAACAGUCUCUUCCGGACUAUAUUAUUGAUGCAGAGAGGUCUGCCGGGGUACUCCAUAGGUGCUCAUUGAUGAGUACAUCGACCAUCAUUUGACUCAAUUGAAAACAGUUGCGCGUUGGACGAUGCGCAGUACCCCUCCA